AUGGUUCUGGAGCUUAUAUUUACUGCUGGGGUAGAAGUUUUACCGCUAGGGGCGGUGGUUUUACCGCUGGGGCGGAAAAUGGUCUGCGGUCGCGGUCAUGAAGAAUCCGCAGGGCCAGAGGUUUUGUCUAUUAUGCUUAAUCAGUUACCUCAUAUUCAUCAGUUCAGGGGCUUUAGCAUGGUGCAAAGUGGUCCACAGGCUACUCAUCUUGCAUAUGCAGAUGAUGUAGUAAUAUUCUCUUCUGAUGGCAAGAGGGCAUUUAAACUAGUCAUGCAUCAAUUACAGAAUUACGAGAAGUGCUUCGGGCAACUGAUCAAUAUAGGAAAGAGCUGCUUUCUGGUGGAUCCUAAAGCAUCCAACAUUACCAUUCAAAGGAUUAAAGAGGUGGUUGGCUACAGGCAUGCUAACUUCCCUAUAACAUAUCUGGGAUGCCCAUUAUAUGUAGGAAGAAAGAGAAUUUUGCAUUUCAGUGAUAUAGUUUCUAAACUUGUGAAAAGGACCACUGGUUGGCAGGGAAAACUUUUGUCUGUUGGUGACAGAGCCACACUCAUCAAACAUGUUUUGCAAUCACAGCCCAUUUACCUGCUAUCAGCAUUGGAACCUCCAAAAACAGUGUUUAAGCAACUUGAGACUUAUAUGGCUAGGUUUUUCUGGGGAUCAUAUCAAGGUAAGAAAAAAUAUCACUGGAGUUCAUGGUCCAAUCUAUGUUAUCCUAAGGAGGAGGGAGGGUUAGGGUUUAGAAGUAUUUUGGAUGUUAGCAAAAGUCUGACUAUGAAGAGGUGGUGGAGGUUCAGAACCUGCAAAUCCUUAUGGUCGAUUUUCUUAAUGGCCAAAUAUUGUUCUAAUCAUCCUGUAUUUGUUCCUGCUCAUACUUCUCAAUCUAAUGCAUGGAAGAACUUGCUCAAAAUAAGAGAUAAAGUGGAAGAUGAACUACUCUGGAAAAUUAAUGCUAAAUAG